CCCGCAGAAAGCACACUCGGUCACAACACUCGCUUCAGUAAACAUCUAAAUUUUAGUCCCCGUGUUCUUUUUUUUCUUCCAUCUAUCUUAAGUGAAAUGAACAGCUUUGCCGUGUUUUUGGCGUUUGCCUCACUGGCAGCCGUUGCCGUUGCGGAACCACCAUCGCCGUACAGCUAUAACCGUCCAUCCGGUGGACAUGGAGGAAGCAGCGGCGGUGGCUACAGCCACGGAGGUGGUGGUGGUGGCGGUGGCGGUUACAGCCAUGGUGGCGGCGGUUACUCCAGCGGUGGUGGAUACUCGAGCGGUGGUGGCGGCGGGUACGCUGCCAGUGUCGGCAGCUUCUCCAGCUCGUCGUCAUUCUCCAGCGGCGGCGGUGGCUACCAGGCCGUCCCGUCCGGAGUUCAAACCUCCGAGGGUCUGAACGUGGAUCCGCAGCUGCUGAACGAAAUCCGCCAGAUUCUGCUCCGUGAGGAAAGCCAAUCGUCUUCGUCGUCGUCGUCGUCGGGUGGCUUUGGAGGAUAUCCGUCUGCACCGUCCGGCAGCUACGGUGCACCUUCAGGUUCGUACGGACCACCAUCGUCGAGCUAUGGCGUCCCAUCCGGUGGUCACCGUGUCGUCGGUAUCGAUCUCGAGGGUGUCAAGCAAGCGAUCCAGGUAGCGCAAUUCCUCCAAACUUCGUCCGCUUCGGUACCGUCCGGUUCUUACGGUGCACCAUCCGUUCCGUCCGGUUCGUACGGUGCUCCAUCGGCUCCGUCCGGUUCGUACGGUGCUCCAUCGCGCCCAUCAAGCACCUAUGGUGCUCCUUUCUAAGAACCCCCCCUCGGGGGCUUGGGAACACGGUACCAACAGCGUGUACCGUGUACCGUAAUUCGUACAGAGUCCAACUGUCGGACACUCUCUCGCCCGGACGUUGGAUAUCGUAACGACACAAGUAAACCAGGGACCCAAAAAUCCCACCGGACGCAACGGAACAGCCCACACAACUGGACGACACCCGGACGACACGAACACACGAGGAAAACAAAACAGCAGGCAAAUGCACGUAAAGUACACAUGGAAAAAAAAAUACACACACAACAACCAUCCACGCCACCAAAACAGCUGAGCGAGGAAAACCAUCUGUCCCGAAAGGAAGGAAGGAAGUACAACAAAUGGCUAGGGACAACACUUCCGCAUCUCCGUAGCAGCGUGAUGCUUCCGAUUUCCGUAACGGAUCCGGGACAGAUGGUUGUGGUCCGUACUGUCAUCACAGUCAUCCACUAUCAAGGACCACGUUAGUGACCAGAGAGUAACAGCUAGACAGCUGUUGUUUUUUUCCAUGUAAAUAUCUCUCCUUAUCUCUUUUUUCCCACCCCUUUUCUUUCUAUCAGUAAAAUCGAGUUUUUGUAACACAAACAAAAACGACCGCGUAACCGAGGAUAAAAAAAGCUAUAAAAAAAAAAUAAAAAAAUCGAAAAAUUUGUCACCGUUAA